CCCCCCUCCCCACUAGUCCGUCUGUGUUACUGGCGGAUGGUGGCGCGAGAGGCAAAGAUCGCUCGGUUAGCAGUUGCGGGGGGGGCUCGUGCAUGAGAUACCGAAGCAGUUGCAUGGUUGGUAGGUGGGGCACCCCCGAGGCGGCGACCAGUUACCUCUCCAAUUACGCUGGCAGUCCACGACUCCCUGCAUUGUCUCUCCGCGCGCCGUGCUGUGCUCGUUCUGCGUUAUGUGCCCCUAAUGAGCGCCUCCUGCCUGCCACCGAUGGUGUGUGAAGUACACAACGGCCAUGCGCGGUCAUGGUGAUUAGAUAACGGACUUCGGCCGGCAGUGGUGCUUGCUGGCGGCCUACCCGCGGAGUGUGCUUCGACCGGUGUCAAUCGGGAAAGUCGUGCGUAAGUGCUUGAGGCGGUGGGUUCCUACUGUGCGUCGUCGCGACUCAAUAGCAUGCCGCUCUUUGGCAAGAAGAAACGAGACUCGGAUUCCCUGUCCCCUGACGGCGACGCCGAUGCCAACGGCGCCGCACCUGGAGGAUCGCCGACGGCGAACGGCAGCGGAGGCGUGCACCCUGCUUCCUCGCCCGCUGGUUCUACAGCCGACGGUCUGACCAAGAGCCUGCCCAAACCAAAGCUGGUGUUCCACUGCCAGCAAGCGCAGGGCAGCCCGACCGGCAUAAUCUCCGGCUUCUCCAACAUCAAGGAGCUCUACCUGAAGAUCGCCGAGUGUUACGACUUCCCUGCUUCGGACAUCCUGUUCUGCACACUCAACACGCACAAGGUGGACAUGAGCCGUCUUCUAGGUGGCCAAAUCGGGCUGGACGAUUUCAUCUUUGUGCACCGUCGAGGCCAGCCAAAGGAAGUUGAGGUGCUCAAGGGGGAAGAUUCUUUGGGUCUCACCAUAACUGACAAUGGGGCAGGCCUGGCGUUCAUCAAGCGAAUCAAAGAGGGCUCCCUCAUGGACCGCAUUGGGUUUGUGCAGGUUGGUGACCACAUAGAGCGCAUCGAUGACAGAAGCAUGGUCAACUGUCGCCAUUAUGAGGUAGCAAAAGCGCUCAAGGAGAUAAAGAAGGGCUCCACAUUCACACUUCGCCUCGUUGAACCUCUCAAGGCUGGUUUUUCCCACAUAGGGCCUCGGAGUGGAGCAACGGCUGGCCAGGCGAAAAACAAAGGGGCCCUUGGGUCUGGCAAGGAGACCCUGCGGUUGCGUUCCAAGGGUCCUGCCACUGUGGAGAAAGCUCCUGACAAUGUGAUCCAGGCAGCAGUGGACAAGAUUAAUGCUCUUCUUGAGUCUUACAUGGGUAUCAACGACUCCGAACUGGCUACUCAAAUCUGGGAACUUGGUUGCGAGAGGCCCAACCCACAUGAAUUUGUGACUGCGGUGGCCGAUUCUGACCUGGAUGCGUUCGGUUUCACUGAAGACUUCCUCUUUGACAUCUGGGGUGCAAUCGGAGAUGCACGGGCUGGCCGACUGCCACCCAAGGACCACACGGCCCGUACUGACCUCUGAGCAGUGAUCUUGUGACCAGUCUUUCUUUUUUUUUUUUUCUUCUUUCUUUUUUUUUUUUUUUUUUGAGGGGAGGGGUGGAAUGUAUGUUCCUUCUCGAGAACCUGUGGAGGUUAUUCAAACAGCAGGUCCCAGUUCAGUGCAUGAGUGAGUUAACCAAUUAUGACUGCUGCUGGAGUGAACUGGUCAGCUGCUUUCUGCAUCAGUCUGUGAAGUCACCGUGGAAAAUGUCUGCACCACGCAUUGGCAGUCAAACGGAAGCCCUCCCUUCCUCCUUUGAGGGUUUAUGGGAUGCAAGUGUCUUCUUUAGCAGACACUGUAGAUCUGUGUAGCCUGAUUUCCAUGCAGAGCUGCAUGGUGGCUUCUCUUUAUUCCCCGGCUGGUUUGUUCUGAUACACUGGUCCAGUGCUAACCACCGCUGUGAUUUUUAUUUUCAGGUUCUUUUGUAGGCAUAAAGUUCCUUUCACUUCCCAAUCAUGACAUUCCAAGCAUUGUGGUUGUGCAGAUUAAUUGGUGCUGCAUGGUGUCGCUCAUAUAGUAUGAGCCUUUCAGAGCACUUGUGUGAUUAGAAGCUCUAGAAUUGACAUCCAAUUACAUUUCUCACAUUAGAGUGCCGAGGACUUGGUUUUUGAAGGUUUGAGACAUUUUUUUUUUAAAUAUAUAUAUAUAUAUAAGUGAACAUGUACAAACACUUCCCAGUGCAAUUUUGAAGGAAGAUUUGCAGUCUUGAGGACUUACCGAGCUUCUAGACAUAACAAACUGAAAGGAAGACCUUGUUCAUCUACUUAGCAUGUUCACUUGACUGAGCAUUACUAAGAAAACCAACAUGGCAGGUUAUGCAAUCACACAGUUAUCUGAAGCAGCUCUGCCUUAUACAUCUAUGAACAAUAUACAGCCUAUAUUUUCUGGCAGUUUACCUGCUUUGACACUCUAGAAUUUGUGUGCACAAAAUGCCUUUCACUCGCAUCUGGAUAAACACUAUAUUUUAUGAGCACACUCCAGGUGCUUCCAGUCCAGCAUACGGAAACUCUUACUGAAGUGACAUUCCAACGGCGCUUUUGAAAUCUUUACACUUAUUUGUUGUCUUUUUGUAGUGCUUUUUGCAACAUGACUUUGUACAUUAAAUUUUCCUUCGCUUGCUCCCUUAUCUACUGAAGUGUUGCAGUCGUGCCUGGAAGUAGCUUGAUUAAAUCAAGUGAAUAGAGCGAGGGUGCUGUCUCGAGGCACAGCGACGCUUCUAAAUCUACGUGCAAGGCAUUCAGCCUAAAUGCAUGCACAUGCUACGACCCAUCCUAAUCCAACAACCUGCAACAUGUGCACUAUUGCAUAUUUUUGCAUGGCACAAAUAUAUUGACCAACAGGGACAAUGAACACAAAAAUUAAAGUAUUCCUAUUAAAUUUUUUAUGAGCACUUCAACACUAUGUGCUCAUGUCUUUUACUUUAGAGUGCCUUAACUUUGUUAGAUACAUGCAAAGUUCUUUUUAUCUUUUGCUUAAGCCAUUACAAAUAUCUGUUCCACACACACCUGACUCACUGUACUGUGCUUUGGCACUGUCAUACUAUGCAAUGUAAGAUAGAUCCCUGUGUAAAUUUCACGGGGGCCUGCUGUCAUAUUUGAUAACUUGCAAAGGUCACUGGCAUUCAAGAAAAGAGAUGCCAAAUUAAAUAUUCUGUCAAAGUAUACAAAUUGCACAGGGUGUUGUGCAAGGCAGCUAUUUUCAGCAUUCAAAUUAAUCAAUUUAUUUCAAUGAGGAUGCAAUCACAAUAUUGGCAAAAAAAAGACAUCCCUUGCAAGCACGCCAAUUAUGCCUGAGAGCUGGCCUCUACAAAUGAGGAAAAACAUGGUAGAAACAAUCGUGCAUGUAACUGAAAAGCAGAAAGCUUGCAUUCACUGUAUGAAAAGAAAACUGUGCUUAAUUCAAAACAGGAUGGUGUCAAACUACACAGAAGUUUGGCAAAGGAAGUAGUUAUUCAGGCUAGGUGGUUCCAAAUAGAACAUAGUAAUGAGCAAGAAUGUCAAAUUUCCACUGAACUGAAUACUUCUGAGUGGUCUCAAACCUAUCGAUGGCUGUCUAGUAGACCAUUUCUCGCACUGAUACUUGUCUCGCGAUUGUUCUUGCAGACAUCCACUAGUCAGACAUGGUUCUUUCUCUAAAUGUGCUAGACAAGGAAUGAAGACGGUAGCCAUUUAUACUGUGACCUUGUCUCUGAAUAAACCAUUUUAUUUUUGAA